GGCCGCCAAGGCGCCCAAGCGCGCCGGCUCCAAGCUGUGGAUGCCCAAGUCCGCAGCCGUCGACUCCCCUCGGAUCAUCGUCGAGGGCGACAAGGAGUCCAAGAUGGCGGGACUCACCCAACUCCGCAAGGAGGUCAUCAUGGACAUGGAGGACUUCGCCGAGAACGAGCUCAUGGGCCUGCUGAAGGAUCCCAACAAGAACUGGCAGCCCCAGGACUUCCUCCCCAACCCGGAGUCCCCCGAUUUCCUCGACGAGGUGGCCGCGGUCCAGAAGCGCGGCGCGGAUCUCCCCGACGAUCACCUCGUCGUCCUCGUCGGCGACAUGAUCACCGAGGAGGCUCUCCCCACGUACAUGAACAUGCUCAACACCCUCGAGGGCACCAAGGACAAGACCGGCGCGGACGGUACCGCGUGGGCGCGCUGGACCCGCAAGUGGACCGCCGAGGAGAACCGCCACGGCGACCUCAUGAACAAGUACAUGUGGAUGACGGGCAAGGUGUCCAUGAAGCCCAUCGAGACCACCAUCCAGAACCUCAUCGGCUCCGGCAUGAACCCCAAGACCGAGAACAACCCCUACCUCGGCUUCGUGUACACCUCCUUCCAGGAGCGCGCCACCAAGAUCUCCCACGGUAACACCGCGCGCUUCGCCAUCGAGCACGGCGACGAGGUCCUCGGCAAGAUCUGCGGCACCAUCGCCGCCGACGAGGGCCGCCACGAGAUCGCGUACCAGCGCAUCAUCGAGGAGGUGAUGAAGCGCGACAAGGACGGCGCCGUCCUCGCCUUCGCCGACAUGAUGAAGAAGCAGAUCGUCAUGCCCGCUCACCUCAUGGACGACGGCGAGCACAAGGCGAGGACCGGACGCGACCUCUUUGCCGAUUUCGCCUCCGUCGCGGACCGCACCGGCACCUACACCGCGUACGACUACGCCUCCAUCAUGGAUCACCUCAUCAAACGGUGGAAGAUCGCCGACCUCGACGGCCUGUCCGGUGAGGCUGCGGAGGCUCAGGAGUACCUCAUGAAGCAGCCCGCGCGCAUCCGCAGGCUGGCGGAUUUCGCGGCGGCCAAGGCGAAGAAGAAGGAGGCGCAGGAGGAAGCGUUCUCCUGGAUCUUCGGUCGCAAGGUCUCCAUCUAAGACUCGGUUGAACGAAACCGAAGGCGGAAGGGGGCUUUCGUCCGGGCGAGGAGCGCGGCGGCGCGCCGGUCCUCUGGUUAGCGCGAGAAUUCAUUUUUAGAAGGGUAUGUUGGCCUGUUGCACGCUCGUCGUGAGCCACUGGCAAACCUUUGCUUGUAAUCCAUGACGAUUUUAAAG